AUGAAUGUAAUUAAAUAAAAAUAUGAUCUUUCGCGUAUCUCUAACUCAUCUCAAGAUAUACUAACUCUCCCUGUUUAGGCAGAUAAAUUAGGCUUAUCCUUACCUAUCAAACUUCCUUUUAUGCCAGUGUCUGGUGAUUCAAUUACUGAGAAAGUGUUUUAAGCUAAUCGCAUUUGCUAAAGAUAGGAUGUGAAAAAGUAGAAUUAAAGUAUGCUACUCUCUAAGAAAUUUUAUGGUAUUUAUAAUAUGAUCUAUCUCAGUUACAUUUUCAUUGGUCUUAUUCAUAGAUUGAGUCAUCUUGUUUGUAUUUGGGUUUUCAAAUGA